UUGGUCGAAACAUUCGUAGUAUAUAUAUGGGUAUAUCUCUUCUCUAAAUUCAUCAGAAAUUUUCUCUUAGUUAGUAGUAUUAUCAUUGUCUUGCAACACUUGCAUAAAAAAAAAAACACAACAAGAGAUCUAGCUAGCUAGAUGGCCACAACUAAGAAUAAUCGUGCCUUGAUGAAGAAUAAUAACUGUGCGCUCAUGAAGAUGACGAUGACGAACAACAAAUCCUUGAUGAAAUCAACAACAUUUGGUUCCACAACAGUAGUGGCAGGUGCUUCAACUCCAUCAGUGGCAGUUUCAAAUAUUCAAGUAGAAGAGAAAGUCCAUUUCAGUCAUCCACAACACCCGUUAGUUAAGGUUAACCUUCCUUACAUAUUCACUUGCAUGGGCUGCAAAGAAUUUGGUGCAGGGAAAAGAUUUAGUUGCCAAAAAUGUGAUUUUGAAUUGCAUGAAUUUUGUGCAUUAGCUCCUCAUUCAAUUCUGAAACACCCACUCCACAGCCAACAUCAACUUGUUUUCCACACCAAAGCAGCAAAUCUUACCAUUCAAACAAGGAAACUCGUUCGAAUUCAAAAUGGGGUUUUAUCCCAAAAAAACUCAGUGGAUUCUUAAGGUCGGGAUGUGACAUAUGUGGCAAGUCCACGAAAGGGUAUGCUUUUCGCUGCAGCACAUGUAAUUUUGAAAUGCGUCCUUGCUGUUCUAAGCUCGACAUCAAAGUGGAUUUUAAAACAUUGCACCCACAUACGUUGAAACUCUUACCAUCAACAACACUUAUAAGUACUGAAGUCGGGAUCAUAUGUAAUGAGUGCAAAACCAAACGUCCAGGCCGAGCCUAUGGCUGUGAAGUUUGUGACAAGUACCACAUACAUGCAGUUUGUGCUAAAAACAUGAUUAAUGGACUUAAUGCUAAUGGAUUUGUUGUCACACCUGAAAAACCUAGCCUUGUUGGUACCGCUGCUCGAAUUGCAUCAAAUAUGGUUAUGGGUUCUUAGGAGAGUUAAAACAUCCAAGAGUUUUGGUUUUGAUUUAAUUUAGAACUUAAAGAAGA